UCUUCUCUUUAUUUCAGUUAGGUUCUCAGCCACCUCAGAUGUAAGAAAGUGUAGAAACACGCAAACUGACAAAAGGACAGAGCUUCCCCUUCCCCUCAUCAACAUGCCAGCGGAGCUAGAGAACAGCUCACACCAGACGCCACCACCACGUUGUGCAGCUACGUACUCAAACAGAAACCACAUCAUUAGCGUCUGUGGUUCACAUGCUCUCACAUUUACAGGUCUGUGUGCAUCAAAGACUGCCAGCAACCUUCUGAGCUGUUGACCCUGUUUGUCGUCCACGACUGUGUGUUUGUGUUCAUUUUGCUUGGGAGCGUGAAGCUGAAAUGCUGCAGGGGUAUGUGCUCCCUGGUGGUCCCUCAUGGGUCUGAUGUCUUUGGUACAUCCAUGCUGAUCAGUGAAGAGGACAGAAAAGCAAAAGGAGUCUGACAGAAAAGAUGGAGGAUCCACAACUGAUAAAGAGUUACUGAAUUAUGUGACCAUCUUUUUCCAUGUGAGAGCAACACAACGUGAAUCCGACGAUGAAUACAUCCAGCGUCCUGGUGAAUUCAUCCACACAAUGCCACCACAAUAUGAGCGGCUGGGAAGAAAACAUGGAGAAGAUGUACACCUACUUCUACCUGGUGGUCUUCAUCCCCGGGCUGCUGCUCAAUACCACUGCCCUCUGGGUCCUCUGCAGACACAUUAGUAAGAAGACCAAAGCAGUGAUUUUCAUGAUCAACCUGGCGUUUGCAGAUCUGGCACACAUCCUCUCUCUGCCCCUCAGGAUUUAUUAUUACUUCACACAUACCUGGCCAUUUGGACGCACUGUCUGUUUAUUCUGCUUCUACCUUAAAUACCUCAACAUGUAUGCUGCCAUUGUGUUUCUGGUAUGCAUCAGCAUGCAGAGGUGUGUCUUCCUGCUGGACCCGUUCGCUGCUCGCAGGUGGAGGCGGCGCUAUGACCUUCUGAUCAGUAUAAUAGUGUGGGUUGUGGUUGGUCUGGCCUGCUCCCCUUUCAUUCUCAUGCGCAGCAACAGUAACAGCUCCACCAGUACAAGUGUCAGCACACAUCCGGUCUAUAACACAUCCUAUUUUCUGGAAAUCACCUCUACCCAGCAUCCCUCAGCCCACACUGAGCUCUAUGUGACACCCUUAAGUACAAGCCCCUUCACAACCACUCCCACCAAAGCAGGGUGCUUUAAGGACUUGCCCAUGCGCCGUCUACCCCUCUCUCUUGCAGUCACCAUGAUGGCUUUAGCUGAGCUGUUUGGAUUCCUGAUUCCUUUGGCCUGUAUCAGUUACAGCUCUUUCAAAAUUGCCCGUUCCCUCAUGCAAAGUCAAACCCAGAAGCAGGACUCGAUCACACUCAGCAAUUCAUCUACAGGUCGCUCCCGCAUGCAGUCAGUGACCUCCAACUGUCAGACAGAUAAAUUCCAUGAGAAGCAGACAAAUGGUGAGAAACGGCGUGCCUUGCGAAUGGUACUGAGCUGCUCUGUCCUCUUCUUGUUCUGCUUCGCCCCCUACCACCUCAACUUUUUGCUCUACCUGAUGGUGUCACAGGAUAUUCUGUCCCACUGUGCCAUCAGACUGGCGGUGCGUCAGUUCCACCCAGUGUCUCUGUGCCUGGCGAGCCUGAGCUGCUGCCUCAACCCCCUGCUCUACUACUUCCUGACGGCAGAGUUCAGAUUGCACCUCACCAGGCGCAACUCCUCCUUCUCAUCGUUCUUGUCCUCACCUGUCAGCUCUCCAACUCAACGCACCGUGAUGCACAGACUGAUGAGCAUGGAGAGCACCUCCUCAGACAGGGAGUCUCGUGUCAGCUCACAAGGAAACGUCCUGAUUGUUUGCAGUAAGAUGAACUUUGACAACCACAGCUGUGAAAGCACUGAGGAACUACAGCAGUACCAGCACCGUGUGUACGCAGUGGUGUACAGUGUGAUCUUGGCGCCAGGUCUGCUGGGAAACAUCUUAGCACUGUGGGUUUUCCUUGUCUACAUCAAAGAAACCAAAAAAGCUGUGGUUUUCAUGAUGAACCUGGCUGUGGCAGACCUGCUGCAGGUUCUCUCUCUGCCUCUGCGGAUCUACUAUUACCUGAACAACCACUGGUCCUUCGGCCACACUCUCUGCAUGAUCUGCUUCUAUCUGAAGUACGUCAACAUGUACGCCUCCAUCUACUUCCUGGUGUGUGUCAGUGUGCGUCGCUGUGAACUCAUCAUGCGUCCACUGAGGUACAACUCACCCAGGAGAAAAGGCGACAUAGUUAUCUGUGUCCUGGGCUGGCUGUUGGUCUGUCUGGGCUGUUUACCCUUCCCUCUGCUGAGGAACAGCUCAGGGUACCGGACCUCCCUCUCUGGACCCAACCUGACUGACGUUUGUUUCUCGGAACUGCCCAUGAGGCCUGUGAGCGCCCCGGCAGCCUGGGCCCUGCUGAUCUUAGCAGAGCUGCUGGGCUUCAUCAUCCCUCUGGUUUUAGUGUUAGCCUGCACCUGUCUGACCGCCGGGAGCCUACGAAAGUCAACAUCAAGCGCCAUUUCUGACCGAGGAGAGAAGCGGAGGGCGUUACGGAUGGUGCUGAGCUGUGCUGUGGUGUUCUUAGUGUGUUUUGCUCCUUAUCAUAUCACUAUGCCACUGGACUUCCUGGCAAAGGCCAACGCUCUGAGCAGCUGCGCACUCAGGGACUUGAUUCUACGAUGUCACCCCGUCACCCUCUGUCUGGCCAGUCUGAACUGUAGCCUGGACCCACUCAUGUAUUAUUUCACAACUGAUGAAUUCUGGAGAAGGCUGAGCAAGUCUGAGAUACCAGACGGUAUCACUUUAGGCAGACGUCUGUCCUGCAUAACUGGAGAAGACGUGCAGGACAACUGUGAGAGUCAAACCUGUAUGACAUGACAAACUCCCAUUUGUAGGACAAACAUUGCGAAGUAAACCACUAAAAUUUGAGAAUUAAAUUUGAGACUGUGUUUAAAGGUUCAAUAUGUAAGACCGAAGGCUUUGGUAAGAGAACAAGUAUUGAUUCUACUUCUUUACUCACCAUGUACAAACUGAACAGUAUAAAUGUAGUCAUUCCUACUGGUUGUUUCUGUGCAAAAGUAACCAAACCAUUCUAUUUUUAAAUGAAAUAAAACAAUAGACCAAAAGUAACAUGAAGGCCACUUAAGAGUGAAUCAGAUUCCUCAGACCUUGAAAUAUUAUGGUGCCUUCUCUUCCACUCUCUCAUCUGUUUUGUCUUACUGCAGUUUUUAUGCCAGUUUUAUCUUGUUAUAUUUGUUGCAUACGCUCUUGACAAAUACAUCAAAAGACCAUUCUUUUUUUGACAAUUCUCCUCAAAUGCAUCAGAGCUAAAGUAACUUCAGUAACAUCUCUGGAGUACAAAGUAUUUAUUUCUGUUCAAAUGUAGUGAAUAGUGCUGUACUAUUUGAGAUUGGUAGUUUGUAAUGGUCAAACAAUCCAAAAGAACUUGAGUUUUGAUCUGUAGGGAUAUCACCAAGAUGCCUAUGCACGGCGUCAUUUAUUUCUUAACAUUUAUUGAACUGUGAGGUAAAUCUGUGGCUGUUCAGGGGAGAUAUUAGCCAAAUCUUGUGUACUCUUGUAUAAUCUUAAACCAAGAAUGUGUAACAACAAAAGGGGAACACAGAAGAGUGUGGGAAUUCUGCAGUUUAAUGACUACUGAGACCGUGGGACCAUGUUAAACUUACCAAAGCUAAAUAACACUAGUAAUAUAUUUACUCUUAAACCUUUAAAAUAAUUAUUUUGGUCUUAUGGUAAGAAACCUGACUUCUUUAGCCAUAUCAUAUUCUUAAUAUAUUUGGAAAAUGUGGCUGCUGUAAUGUGUUUGCUCUGUGUCUGGUCUGGUGUUUGUCCUCACUUGGUCUUGGUUUAGGUGGUCUAGACUACAACUCUGAAAGGAAGUUAAAGCAAAAGGUUGGCAGAAAAAAUCCAAGUAUUGGUUACUCUGUACCUGUGGUGUUGGAGCCUCUGUUGUGCAGAGCCAGUUGUUAGCUAACUCCAUAUCUAAGCUAACAGUAGCAAAUGUUGUAGAGGAGCAGAGGAGGCACCAAAGACCCUCAGUGUAGAGGUCGGAGGCACAAAUACUUCAUUAUUAUAGUUUUCAGUAUCUGUACUUGAGUAUUUAUUUCUCUGAAAGUUUUUACUUUUACUCCCUACUGUUUAAUAUAAAUAUCUGCACCUUCCUAAAGCAUUUAAGGGAAAUUUUUAAAUCUAUCUAUCUAUCUAUCUAUCUAUCUAUCUAUCUAUCUAUCUAUCUAUCUAUCUAUCUAUCUAUCUAUCUAUCUAUCUAUCUAUCUAUCUAUCUAUCUAUCUAUCUAUCUAUCUAUCAGAAAAUAAACAUAACUAGAUGUAGGCCUAAAUGUCAAGAAGACAAUUUUUAGUACAUAUUGGAACCUGUUCAUUACCACUUUUCAAGUUGCUGAAUUAAUAUUUCUACUAGAGUCUGUUUUUAUUCACAUACUUGCACUUCUGUAAAGACAAAGUGCAGUUCUGCCUUUUUGAGUUGUCCACAAACAAAUCAGAACACAAGCUGUUGAAUUAGAAAUGCUGUUAACAUCAAAAAAUGUCCUGUUUCCAGCACAAAACAAACUCAAACUUCAUUUAAGAACACAACUACAUACAAAUCUUACAUAUUGAACCUUUAAAAAUUCUAUUUACAUACAAAGUAGAAUGUGAAUAUGUAGUGAAAAAUGUUGUCUAUUUAUUUUUUGUAGAGACAUGUCUGUUUUUUCUAAAUGUGUAUGACCUGGUGAAGAGUGACAUGUUCCUGUUUUGAAGGAUGGACCUGCCAAAAAUAGUCAAAGUAAGAAUACAGGAAAACCCCUAAACCGGCUGCACUUUUCCUUUUGAUACCGUUUCAUGAUAAGAGCGUGGACGGGAGGGGGACGAAUGAGUUGACUGUUGACUUUCCAUACAUGCUGCUUGGUCUCCUUGGUAACAAAAGUGUCAGAAAAUAUUUAGUCGGUAAAGAAAUCCAACUUUAUUCAACAACAAAGUGAACUCAGUUUAUUAGCUGCACACAACAUUUGUUUUUCCCUAAUGUCCUAUUGUAUAUGUAUUCAUACUCAGUUAAAAAGCUGAAACAGAAACACUUUUGUACAAACACACUUCCUGUCUGAUUGUCUUUCUGUACAGGCUUUGAGUGGGAGACUUGAAAUAGCUUACAAGUUCAUAAGCAAAAGCCCCAUGCUUUGUGCUUCUCUUAAGAGCUUUAAAAAAAACCAAGGACAGUGACGUUAUGCAAAUUUAUUGCAUGGUUUUACGAAUUUAAAUACAUAGAAUUCCGCAAAACCCUCAGUACGUUGAAUACUAAUUUCUCAUUGCUGUCUUAAUAAAAGUGAUUUCUUAUUAUGGGACUACACAUUCAAAUAAGACAUUGUCAAAAGGAAUAAGAAGUACCUCAUCAG